AGCAGUCUAUGCAAAUAAAACAAGCAAUAGUUGAGUAGGCACAAGUGCAAUAACUAAGUCAACUAAGAUAAACACUAAAUUAAGACUAUUGAGAUAAAAACAUUUUUAAAAUAGUAAUUUUUAAUGACUGGAGACAGGCUUUCAUCUUGCAUAAAUGACACAGCCUUCCAGAUCCAUGUCGGAAAUAUGAAUGUAGAGGAAUGUGUGAGAGUGAAUAUUUGUAAGCAAAUCAGCAACGCCUGUAGUCGCUGAUCUGUGGUCAGCGGGAAAAAUCACUUGUUCAAAAUACCUUGCAACUGAAAUUUUUCUGUGCUGCAACAGGUGCAGCUUAUAAUGAACACCUGCCUGGCUGUUACUAUUCAUAGAAUAUUUGCCAUUACACCAGGCUGGCCUGCAGAGGAUGGGCUCCCCCUCUACAGCCGGGUUCUUCCGGAGAUUUCUUUCCAUUGCAGAGUUGUUUUCUCACAGCCGUUUCAGUGUUUUUCUUCCCACUGGGGAGUUUUUAUUAAUUUAUUUUACCUCAUUUGCUUGCUUUUUGGGGGUUCGUGUCUGGUUUUGGGGGUUCGUGUCUGGUUUUUCUCUGUAAAAAGCGCAAUACAAAUAAAAUUGAAUCAAACUGAAUUGAAUCAAACUGCAGCACAAAAUCCCCACAUCAUGUAUGCUCUGUGUGGGCAUAAGAGGUCACUGUCGCCUAUGGAGAGUUUAUGAAUACACAAUUCGGAAACAAUGAUUUCACAAUGAGGGUUUUAAAAAUAAAGUGCUACUCAGCACUGAUGACCACAAUAUGCAAGCCUUCCUUUGAGUGAGAUGGUCACCAAAAAUUCAAUGGACAAGUGGAAAUUUUUCUACACAGUCCUUCUACCCACCCUGAUUAGCUUCACACAAAACGCCGCGUCAGGGGUCCGGGUGGUGCUGACCGCGGACCCGCCCUGGUCACGCGUGUCGGCUGAAGAGACCGUGCAUCUCACCUGUGAGGUGAAGGAUUCCGAGCCGUCCGUCCGAUGGGAAUACAGCUGGAAGAAGCUGAGAGGAACAGAAGGAUCCACGCUGUCCUCCUCUCCGGGAGAAGGGUCGUCUGCUUACACCCUGAGCCAUGUGCGGGAGGAUGACAGCGCCCAGUACUGGUGCGAAGCCAAGGCUGGAAACCACUCAGCUGUCAGCGCAACGCGCGCGGUCAUCGUUCACGCAUUAGUGGUGCUAACCAUGGAGCCUGGUGGCAGGAGGACAUUCUACACCACAGAACAAGUGACUCUGAGCUGUGGGAUUCGCAGCAAUCGGACCGGCUGGAGAUAUCUAUGGUACAAAGACGGACAGGAACUUCCUCUGGACAAGGCUACGGACACAUACACCAUUCAGUCUGUUGUUCAGUCAGACUCCGGAACAUAUAUCUGCAGGGGAAAAAAUAAAAUCAAACCAAUGUACACAGCCAGCAGCAACUCUGUCAUACUCAUGGUUUCUGGACCCCAGGUGUCUGGCGUAUUAACUCGUCCUCAGGCUGUGCUGACUUUGGAGACUGCAUGGAUAGAGAUCUUCAGGUCAGACAGUCUGACUCUGAGGUGUCAGGUUGAGGGGAGCUCUGCUGAAUGGAACUACACGUGGUACAGAGAUGGACGGCAUCUUCCACUGGACCCCAGCGGGGACAGACUCACACUCACCGCUGGAAACGACUCUUACAGCAGUGAAUAUAAAUGCAGAGGAAACAGAACAGGCCAACCGUCUUACACAGAGUUCAGCGAAGGAUUUAGAGCACACAACAUUGUUUCCUGCACAGUGGAGAAUCUAGCACGGGUCGCUGUGGGGGCGGCCAUCUUGCUCUUCCUGUCCGUCAUUGUGAACGAAGGUUUUUGGAGGAGGGCGAGGAAGAUGAGGAGGUGCUGCAUUUGAGCCAACGAUUGUCCCUGUCAUGGAGAAAAAAAGCCUGGCUGCAAAACUGCAAAUUAGCCAGUUAUUGUGCAGAGAUUAUUUUAAAAGAGCACCCAGAAAUACUCUCAGAGAAAUUAUUUGUACACAGUAUAAGUUCCAGUGUUAACUCAACUCUUAACAGAUAACAUUUGACAUUCCAGAGUGGGACCAAAUGUUAUCUGUUAAGAGUUGAAUUAACACAGUAAGAGUUGAAUUAACACUAUAACGUUUACUGUGUAGCUUGCAAUAAAUGCUUGUACUUUCAUCUGGAAAUGUAUUGUAAUUUUAAAAAAUGAAUGCUUGUAUGUGCUUGUAAGUAAAUCUAGAAAAUAUUUCUAUUUUUCUAAGCUUACACAAAUACAUUUUUAAUGGAUUUUUAAGGGGCAUUGUACAUCCAAUAUAAAUUUUGUUCCCUGUAUUUUUUAUAGUACUGUCCUGGGUGAAAAGGUGAUGGAUUACAACGUUUGGUCAAAUAUAUUUCGAUACAAAUUCACUCUUUCACUGUUUCUUAAUGUUGUUCAGGGUGGUUUAGUCCUAGUGCCACAAUGUCUGAAAGUAUUCAUUCGAGCUGGCACUCAACCUUAUGACUCAGGUACUACUUACUGUCACAACUGAAUCAUUACUCUUCCUAAGGUCUGGGAGUGUUGCUGCGUAAAUGAGCUCGAAAACCAGUUUGUCUUCAGGACCAAAUCUGAGAAUCUCCUGUUGGGCUUAACCUCCUGAACACGUAUGGCCUUCUGUUCCGUCUCACAUGUCGAGCCAAUUUUCCAUUCCCAUAUUUUUACAGCCUUCUUUGUGUAUUUCAUUGAUGUAUCAGUUAUUGUUAUUUGUUUAUAUAAAGUCAUUAGCUUAUAGAAAUUAUAUCACAUGGGGUAAGAUAUAUGCACACACUGUAUUUAAAUCUUCAAAACAAGUUUAAUGAUGCAAACAUUCCAAAUUCCGAAGGUGUCGGUCUCUCAGGUAUUGCUGUAGGUGAAGGUCUUUGUAGGCCUUCCUUUGUGGGUAUUGCCUAUGUGUGCUUCAUACUACAUUUCACCCUUUGAACUAAAGAUCAUUAAUGGGUACUUUUUUCUUUUUUUAAAACAUUGCCCAUUUUUUAAACUUUUAUAUGGGAUUAAAUCUUGCAUUCAGGUGUUGUAAAACUUACAGAUGAGACUGUGUUCAUUUGAUCUGGAAGGAAAAGGGGAAAAAACCAAGGUGGGAUAUUGCAUACUUUUGUUUAGUAUUUGGAAACACAACAAGAAUUUUACAGAACACAUUUACUCAUCGUUGCACCUGUUAGCUCCCCACCUCUUUGUAAAUGCUGCUUGUCUAAAAUUCUGACGCAACACAAUUUUUUUUCUAUGUGUCCCUCGUUUCGUCCUAUCUAUUAUCCUUGCUAAUGCUAGUUUUAAAACACCUUUGUAUGUAUUGUAUGAAAAAACAUUUUUGACACAUACCGUCUUGACUUGGUUCUCAGUCACUUUUACAUGGUAAAAUAAAAGUUACAUUUUAAAUAAAUAA